GUUCUCCGAAACUGUAUCAUUUGCUCAAGUGUCGUCCCCAAGGAACAACCGUCAAUCUCAGCCUCAGCUGCCAAAAUGUUCAAGUUCGCAGUCAUCUUCGCCACCCUGGCCUACGCCAGCGCCGGACUCAUCGAAGCCAACCACCACGGAUUGGCCUACGCCGCUGCACCGGUUGCCCAUUACGCCGCCGCUCCGGCCACCAGCUACAGCUCCUUCACCAAGACUCAUUCCCCAGCGAUCUCCUACGGAGCUGCUCCCGUUGCCUACGGAUAUGGCCACCAUGCUGCUGCCCCAAUUCUAGCCUCCCCAGCUCUGUCCUACGCCACCCCAAUUGCCAAGGCAUCGCUGGCUUACGGCCACAGCUACGCCCCAGCCGUUGCUGCCCCUCUGUCCUACGGCCACGCCUACGGUGGAUACUCCGGAUAUGCCCGGGCUGCUCCCCUGGCCACCUACGGACACCACGCUGCCAGCCCGAUCCUGGCCGCCCGCUCGUACGGAUAUGCCCCGGCUGCUGUUGCUCCCCUGAGCUACUCCAACUACGGCCAUUACGCUUACUAAGUU